CAUGAAUUGAACCGGUGUCCCUGCGCCAUCCCCUUUCGGUUUUAUUUUCGAUGAAUUAAGAAUAAAGGGGAUUUAUGUUGCCUUUGGAUUUCUUGUGGCUGAACAUAGCAUUGAGAAGAUAUUAACUGCCUUCAGGUUCUGAAUGCUUGGUGACACGCAGGAGCCGGGAAGAAAUAAUAGCGGCUCUUCAUCCAGUAUAACACAGAAGGAGAUUACAUCAUUGAAGCCUACUAUUAAGUAAUAGCAAAUGUUUUGUAGAACGCUUCGGGAACACUGAAUCGCUUGCCUUCAUUAUACAGCAGCUUAAUAAAUGAGAGAAAUGCCAACAUACGAACCAGAAGACCCGUACUGGAUUGAUGGCUCUCGUCGUGAGACCAACUUGGAAAAUUUCUACAUACUGGGUCAGGAGCUUGGAAGGGGGGCCACAUCUGCAGUUUUUAAAUGUGAAGAAAAAGGAACACAAAAGCCAUACGCGGCCAAAAUAAUAAAAAAAACUAUUGACAAGAAAAUUGUAAGAACGGAAAUUGGAGUAUUACUUCGUCUAUCACAUCCAAACAUCAUUAAGCUGAAGGAUAUAUUUGAGACACCAUCGAAGAUUGCAUUAAUUCUUGAACUAGUGACAGGAGGGGAAUUAUUUGACAGGAUAGUGGAGCGUGGAUAUUACAGUGAGCAGGAUGCUGCCCUUGUUGUACAGCAGGUUCUUGAAGCAGUCACUUAUCUACAUAGUAAUGGAGUGGUUCAUCGUGACCUGAAACCAGAGAAUCUUCUGUAUGCAGACAUGAGUCCAGAUUCCAUUCUUAAAAUUGCUGACUUUGGAUUGUCCAAAAUUGUGGAUGACCAGGAGGCCAUGAAGACAAUGUGUGGUACACCAGGAUACUGUGCCCCUGAAAUUCUUUAUGGUUCCCCUUAUGGACCAGAGGUUGACUUGUGGUCUGUUGGUGUCAUUGCAUACAUUCUACUCUGCGGCUUUGAGCCAUUCUUUGAUCCGAGAGGGGAUCAGUACAUGUACAGCAAGAUUCUAAACUGCGAUUAUGAGUUCAUAUCUCCGUGGUGGGAUGAAAUCUCCCUCAAUGCCAAGGACUUGGUUCAGAAGUUGAUUGUAUUGGAUCCCAAAAAAAGACUGACGGUCUCUCAAGCUCUGCAGCAUCCAUGGGUAACUGGAAAAGCAGCCAAGUUUUCCCAUAUGGAUUGUACGCAAAAGAAACUCCUAGAAUUUAAUGCCAAACGCAAGCUGAAGGCUGCCAUGAAAGCUGUGGUAGCUUCAAGUCGCUUAGGAAACCAUAAUCACCAUGAACAUUCAAGAAAUGUACAAAUCCCAGGACACAUUCAAAGGUCAGAGAGUGCUGGACUGGAGGGUGAAGGCUGUUUUUCAACAGAACACCAAAGCAUCCUAUCAUCCAACUCUGAGCAAGCAGCUCCUCAUAGUUCACAUAUGAUUUGUAAUAGCACAUGAGGCAGAUCUAUCAACCUCUACCAAAAUGUCCAUUUCUUUACCUUUGUAUGUCAUAUAAGCUUAGGUGUAAGUAGGGAACUAUUUCUGCAAGGAACUGUGGAAAAUGUUUCUUGGGACCAAAUAUCAGGGAUUUACUGUGAGGAUUUUUAGAUGUUUCUUUUUAGCAAGCUUUACCCAGCAAAUGUUAUUGCGUU